AUGACUUCUAGUGAAGAACUUAUUGAAUUAGUUAAAAAAUUAAAACGUGAACGAUCAUUUGUUUCGGCUGAACAGAAACAUAUACGUGAACAAUAUGCUCAACUUCUUAAACUUGCUGAACAUGUUCAACAUCGUCAAUGGAUUACAAGUCAUCAACGUUAUGUACUUACAUCAUUAAUAUAUCCAAAUCGUAAUGAUCAAAAUAUUCAAUCAAAAUCAUGUUUUCAAUAUAUACAAAUUCUUGAUAAUAUAUCAUUUAUUGAUUCAUAUAAAUAUUUUAAUUAUUUACAAGAUUUACCAUAUUUACGUUUAUUAACUUUUUUAAGACAACAACCAAAUUUAUUAGCAUUAUGUUUAUCUAGUAUUGAAAAAACUGAUGGAUUAUUAAUAAAUACAAUUAUACCAAUAUUAAUGACAGCUAUAUAUAAUCAAUGUUUAUAUUAUGAUGAUGAAUUAUUUAUUCUUGAAUUACUUCGUUCAUUAAUUGAUAUACAAUUAAAAAAUGAAUUAAAUCCAAGAAUUAUUUUACAACGUUCAUCAUGUUCAUUUAAAAUUGUUUUUGAUGCUUUUCUAACAGCAUCACAAUCUUGUAAAUUAUUUUUAACAGCUGCAUUACAUGAACCUAUUAUGCAAUUAUUAAUUGAUGAUGAAUGUUUUUAUGAUAUUAAUCCGGAUACAUCAUUGAGUCGAUUUUCAAAACAAGAACGUUUAAAAAAAUUUGGUCAACCAGGUACACGUGAUUAUUUAGAUAAAAUACAAAAAUAUCGUAAUGUUAUUUUAACAAAAUUAUAUACAUUUACAUCUACAUUUAUUGAAAGUUUACGUAAUGCAUUAAGUUUUUUUCCAACAUCAUUAUCAUUUCUUAUAUCACAAAUGUUUAUUAUAUUAUCACAAUCAAGUGAAUUAUCAUCACGUGAUAUACGUUGUUUAUGUUGUGAUAUAAUUAUGACAUUAUUUAUUGGACCAGCUAUAUGUGAACCAGAAAAACAUGGAAUUAUUGCUGAUAUACCAAUAAGUACAAUAGCACGACAUAAUUUAAAUCAAAUUGCUAUUAUACUUCAAACACUUGCUAUGUCAAAUGAUAUUGAAUCGAAAACAAAAGAUCUUUAUAAUAAAUUUAAAGAGUCAGAAUCAUUUAUAUCUAAUUGUGUAUCAAGUAUAUUAGAUAAUUUUAUUGAUUCAAGUCGAAAUGUUAUAUUUCCAUCACGUUCAUCAAUAUUAUCAUCAAGUAAUAUAACAAGAAGUACUAUAUUAAUAACACAAAAACAACUUCGACAAUUGGUUAGAUAAUUUAUAUAUAU